GAGGAUGAAGACGGUUGCCGCACUCACACUCCUGGCUUUUGCCACAGCUGCCAAUGGACAGUUCCUUCAAGACUGUACAAACGCUCUCGAUGGUCUUUACGCUCUUGGUGAAUGCGAACCACAAUUUCUGACUUGCUCGGGAGGUAUCGCAAGAAUCAUGGAUUGCCCAGCUGAUCUCAUCUACAACGAGCCACUUCUUAUCUGCGACUGGCGCCACAACGUGAUUGGUUGCGAAGGAUCUGGAGAAUCAUCUGGUGAGACCUCAGGUGAAGGAUCUGGUGAAUCUUCCGGUGAGGCGUCUGGAGAAGGAUCCGGUGAAGCAUCUGGGGAAGGAUCCGGCGAAGCAUCUGGAGAAGGAUCUGGUGAAGCUUCUGGAGAGGGUUCAGGAUCCGGAGAGGAGACAGUCGAAAAUGUUUGUGAGAAUCUCGAAGACGGGGCCUACUCAUCAGGUGGUUGUACCACUUACUACUUCUUCUGUACAACAAACACGGCCCGUUUCCUCAGUUGCCCAACUCCACUCUUCUACGAUGCUGAUUCUCAGAAGUGCAUCUGGAAGUCUCUUGUCGAGGAAUGCAAGGAAGACCUGACCAUCACCGAUGGAUCAGGGGAGACUUCUGGUGAAGGAUCUGGAGAGGCUUCUGGAGAAGCUUCCGGGGAAGGAUCAGGUGAAGCAUCUGGAGAAUCUUCUGGGCAAGGAUCAGGUGAAGCUUCUGGGGAAGGAAGUGGCGAACUCGAGCCAACAUGCGAAGGAAAAGCUGACGGAAUCCAUCCAAAUGGAGUUUGCUCAACCAACUUCCUCACUUGCUCUGGUGGAAUUGCUCGCAUCAUGGACUGCCCAGCUUCUCUCGUCUUCAAUCCAACAAUUCUUGUUUGUGACUGGCCACGGGACGUCGCUGAAUGCGCUGGACUUCCAACUCCACAGCCAACAUGCGAAGAGGACGGAUACUUCUCAUUCGGACAAUGCUCAUCGUCAUUCACUGCUUGCACUAACGGCCGUGCCAUCGUCAUGUUCUGUCCAGCAGGACUCAAGUUCUCCGAGUCUACCGUACGUUGCGACUACGAGUCCAAUGUUUCCGAAUGCCAAGAGACGUCGGGUGAAGAAUCUGGAGAAGCUUCCGGUGAACAAUCUGGAGAAGGAUCUGGAGAGGCUUCUGGUGAGGCCUCUGGUGAAAGCUCAGGAGAGGGAUCCGGUGUGGAAGAGCAAAAUCAAUGCGUUGGACUGGACAAUGGACUUCAUGCUAUCGGAUGCUCUCCACGUGUUCUCUCUUGCCAGAAUGGACACGUUGAUAUCUUCGAGUGCCCAUCCAGCCUGGUUUUCAACGAUCAAUCUUUGAUCUGCGAUUACCCACAAACAUCGUUGAAAUGCCUCAUCGAAGACACUAUUCUCAUUGAUGAGACUCCAAUUGCUGCAUUCGACUGUUCCACUGACGGCCUCUUCUCCGAUGGCCUUUGCUCUGCCACUUAUCAUCAGUGCACUGCCGGACAACUCAUUAACUUCACUUGUGCCGCGAGCAACGCCGUCUUCUCAGCUGCCAACACCGAGUGCGUCGACUCAUCGACCCUGCUUCAAUGCCAUUAAUUGUACCCAUUUUUUUUACAAAAUUACACACUAAUUGACUAACCCCGUGAAAAACUAUUGCCCCCAUAGAGGCCCCAUAUUAUUGUAAACUUGCCUGUAUAUAUUGCAUUUUUCAUAUUGAGAAAUGAAACUGCCUGACUAGAA